AUGAAAGACAAUAUGAGGAGAAGAGGCGUGUUUAAGUAUAUAUUGAAUGUACAAUGCCUGAAUCCUCUGUUUAACGUAACAACGGACAUUAAGAUGUGGAGGGCCGGCCCGCAUGGAGGAGUCAGGAGAAGAUAUAUAACAGCAGCACCUGAGCGGUUCGGCCUCUCUUUUCCCUCUGCUAGCGAGAGCCAGAGACAGCUGCUUUUCUGUCGGACAAUAUCCUGUUUGUGACUUUACCACGCUUUUUAUUAAUUAAAGUACCAAUUUGAAAACAUCUCAGAGACUCCAUUUAGUCUCCUUUUAAGCUUCUCUUUCCUGGACACGAGAAUAACCAUCACAGAUUAACAAUUGGAAUGACCCCUGACGUGAUUCUCGUUGGACCGGAGAGACUACACAGCCGGCUGUUGCCCGGAGCCGCUGGCAACCCGUUCGACACACAGAGAGCUCAAACCAGGGUAAAGAAGAAGCCUGUUACGUCAAAAUUCUUCAAUAGUUUAUGCAGAACAAUCUUAGGACUGUGUGUUGGACGGCUGCUUCCGGUUCCUGAAAAUAGCUGGGAAAUUAAUGUUAAAACAACCAAAUGUAUAACAAUAACAAUCAUAACACGUGGCGUUGCAUUUUCACAGGCACGGCUGGACUACUGUAACGCACUUCUCAUUGGGAUUCCUAGCAAGAACAUCCAGAAGCUGCAAUACAUCCAAAACACCGCUGCUAGGAUCCUGAUGAGAGUGCGGAAGUACAAACACAUCACACCCAUCCUCAAAUCACUGCACUGGCUCCCGGUCUCACUCAGGAUUGACUACAAAAUCACCCUCUUCACUCAUCAGUGCAUAUAUGGAAAUGCUCCCUCCUACAUCAAGGAAUUGCUCACCCCACAAACCUCCACGAGGAACCUACGUUCAGUAAAGGCAAACCUCCUCAUCCCACCAAGGACAAAACUGAAGACCAUGGGAGACCGAGCCUUCUGCUCCGCUGCUCCGAGACUGUGGAAUGCCCUCCCAAACCAGCUGAGGACACCACAGACUGUGGAGGCUUUCAAAAAAGGCCUAAAAACGCAUCUUUUUAGAAUAGCCUUUAACUAGAUUUUUAAAUCCCCCACAUUAUGCCAUGCCGGCAUGAAUGUCACAGCUUUUAUUAUGUUGUUUUAAUUGUUUUAAAAUUGUUUUUGAUUGUUUUUGUUGUUUUUGUUUCACCCUUUUUAAUUUUGUAGCACUUUGAGUUUUGUUUACGCAAAUGAAAAGUGCGCUUAUAAAUAAAAUAUAUUAUUAUUAUUAUUAUUUUACAGUAAUAGCGUGAACAUAUAGGUACUGUCAUUUAUGUAGAGCAAGGUACCAUAAUACCACAGCUCUGUACUGCUAUAUCACAGUAAUUCCAUGGGCAUGGCAACUGUAAAGUCACAGUAUUUAGUUGUACUUUUAUUCAAAUUUACUGUAAAAUAUCUACAGUAAAUUACUGUGAAAUAUUUACAGUCAAUUACUGUGAAAUAUUUACAGUCAAUUACUGUGAAAUCCAUGCAACUAGGAGCCAGUAAUUUACUGUAAUUUUACAGCCAAACAUUUUACAGUGUAGAUCAAGCAGAGGAAUCCAUGAUGUUGACUGUUUUUGAACAGUAGUGAGCAAGGAGACGAUGUUAACCAAAAAGUCUUAAUAAUUUAGCGUAAAAUCUGUUGUUUGUUCACAAAAGGUGUGUUCUAAUCCUAUGCCCCUAUCUGCAGGAUGACUUAUGUAUCUGUGCUGUCAAAUGAACAUUCAAUCCAAUCGCUGUUGAAAAAAACAUCAGAUUUGAUCAAUAUAAUGUAUUUAGAUUACAUAAAGCAUAUGCAGUGAAGUGUCAAUCCAUGCUUGUGAACUCAAUUAAAGCUUUCCAAAUCAU